AACAUUUAAGUCUUUAAUCCAUCUUGAAUUAAUUUUUGUAUAAGGUGUAAGGAAGGGAUCCAGUUUCAGCUUUCUACAUAUGGCCAGCCAGUUUUCCCAGCACCAUUUAUUAAAUAGGGAAUCCUUUCCCCAUUGCUUGUUUUUGUCAGGUUUGUCAAAGAUCAGAUAGUUGUAGAUAUGCGGCAUUAUUUCUGAGGGCUCUGUUCUGUUCCAUUGGUCUAUAAUGAGAACACACGGACACAGGAAGGGGAACAUCACACGCCGGGGACUGUUGUGGGGUGGGGGUGGGGGGAGGGAUAGCAUUAGGAGAUAUACCUAAUGCUAAACGACGAGUUAAUGGGUGCAGCACACCAACAUGGCACAUGGAUACAUAUGUAACAAACCUGAACAUUGUGCACAUGUACCCUAAAACUUAAAGUACAAUAAUAAUAAAAUUUAAAAAAAAAAGGCUGGCGUUCACAAGCAGAUGAGUGUGGAGGCUGAGAAAAGCUUUGCCACCUUGUGAAAGCUGCAAGCUCCUUUUACAGUUAUUUAUUAGCAGGGAUUUCAUUUCAAAGCAAUUCGGGUACUUAAAAUCAUCUCUUGUUUUCACUUUUUUAAAAAGCAGUUUUUCAGGCCAGGCGCAGUGGCUCAUGCCUGUAAUCCCAGCACUUUGGGAGGCGGAGGCGGGUGGAUUGCCUGAGCUCAGGAGUUGGAGACCACCCUGGGCAACAUGGUGAAACCCCAUCUCUACUAAAAUACAAAAAAUUAGCUGGGCAUGGUGGAACACGCCUGCAGUCUCAGCUACUCUGGAGGCUGAGGCGUGAGAACCGCUUCCAUCUCCACCCUGGAGGUGGAGGUUGCAGUGAGCCAAGAUCACGCCACUGCACUCCAGCUUGGGCUACAGAGUGAGAUUCCGUCUCAAAAAAAAGGAAAAAAAGCAGUUUUUCUUGAGUCCUGUGGCAGUUAUGCAGAGACACCCAGCCAGGGUGCAGCCAAGUCAUGGGGUGCUCUAUGUGUCCAGACCCCAUACCCAGUUAUGGGUGCUGAAUCUUUCAUUUGAAACAUGGAUGCAGCUUCUUCAGCAUAUCACAGCCCUCCAUGGCUCCACAUUAAUCCCCUAGCACUAAUGGUGUUCAUCACAUCUUCUGCCAACUAAUGCAGUUUGUGCUGGAAAAAAAAUUAUUUUAUAACUCCAAGGACAUUAAUAAUUAACUUCAAGUCCACAAAACUAGUAAUAUCAGUUUGCUGAAAUAAAGUCACCAGUGAGUGUUUAAUUCUUCUUUAAAGAGUGUCUUCUAUUAUUAUUAUUCUACAGUGCAAUUUCGUCAUCAAAGGUUUACUCAGCCUCAUGUUUAUAAAUUAUAUACGGCAAGGAUUUAAGUCUUCUGGCCCUACCUGUUCUGAAGACAGGGAGGGCCAUAACCUCCUUGUCAUACAGGGCACCUGCCUUGAAAGAUGAUUUGUGAACUUGAAGUUUCUUGCUUCUUUUAGAAAUCUGGGGUGAAUAUACAGAUUUCCCUUUAUGAUGCAAUCAGAGGAAUAACCAGCUAGUUGCCUGCCACGAAGAGAGACUGGCUUUUAUCCUUCAGAAGGCCAGUUGGAGACAAGUUCAUCUUUUUCAAUUGAGUUCCAGAAUCUUGUCUUGAUUAUAUGACAUAAUAAUGGUGGCUUUCCAAUUCAUCCGUGCAAUAUUGUUUUUUCAUUGUGGUGGUUACAGAUAGUUUUUUUUGAGGGGGAAGGGCUACUGCCUUAGAGAAAUAAAAGUAAAGCAGAAAUAAUCUAGUGUGCUGCCUACCUAAGUUGGAAAUUCCAAGUCCUGACCCACAUGUUUACGUCCCAAGGGAGAUGGCUGUCAAUCAAGGGCUCAUCCACUGUUCAUUCAGGGUGAGGGACUUUGGCUUUCCUGAAAAAGUGCUGCAACCCUGGCAGCCCUUGGCCAGAGCCAAGCUAGAAGAUGGAAGUCACACUCAAGGGCGUCCGACUCUGGAUCUUAGAGGGAUUCCUGGCGUUGGCAGGGAGGGCCGAGUCAAUUCAUUCGGGGCGAGAUGCAUUCCAAGAAUGCUUCUGUGGUCGGCGAGGAGUGGAAAAAUCAGGUUGACACCAGCCUGAGCGCCAGCGUUCACCGGUGAGCGGGCUCCGUGGAGAAGGGGGCGGAGUCCCGCGCCGCACGCCCGAAUCCAAAGUAAACACCUCGCCAAACCUACGUUUAGAAAGUGAUACCGAACACCACAUCACGUUUAAAAAAAAAAUACUGUUUGCUGAGAAGAUGAGAGCAAAACAUUUCCCAGCUGGAAAAUUACUGAUCACAAACCAAGGGGAGAGUGGCGGUGGGAGAGGCAGCGUUAUAAGACUAAAGUAAAGAUCGCCGUUUCCUAUUCCCUUCCCGGUGGGCAAGGACGCCUGCGGCGGGCUCGGUGUGCACUUUUUGGGAGCUAGGAUCCCACCGCAUCGCUCCGCUUCCUGGCACAUGGUCACUUCCCAGCGAAGUCCCUUUCGGGGGGCCUGACCUACCCGGAGCCUGAGCCGAAGGAAUGAGUUGUCCUUUGACCUUUACUGGCCAUUUCACCUCUUGAUGACUCAGUUUCUCGUCCAUAAAGUGGAAAGGAGAGUGCGUGGCUUGAAAAGUCACCAGUGAGUGUUUAAUUCUUCUUUAAUGGGUGUCUUCUAUUAUUAUUAUUCCACAGUGCAAUUUAGUCAUCAAAGAUUACAGGCAGUGGCUCACGCCCGUAAUCCCAGCACUUCGGGAGGCCGAGGCAGGCUGAUCACUUGAGGUCUGGUGUUCGAGACCUGCCUGGCCAACAUGGUGAAACCCCGUCUCUACGAAAAAUACAAAAAUUAGCCGGCGUCGUGGCGCACGCCUGUAAUCCCCGCUACUCGGGAGCCUGACGCAGGAGAACUGCUUGAACCCAGGAGACGGAGGCAGUGAGCUGAGAUCGUGCCACUGCAUUCCAGCCUGGGCGACACAGCAAAGCUGUCUCAAAAAAAAAAGAGAGAAAGGAAAAAAAUGAAAGUGCUUCGAGAUGGCUGGUUGAAAACUGUCUCCGCGCCUCACAGUCCCUCUUAUCUCCCUCACGCCUCUGAGUAAAUAUUAAGCCCUUUCACUCCCUUUCUCGCUAUUUAAAGUAUCAAAACCAUAACUUCCCAUUCGUGCCUCUUUCCGCCUGUUCCCGGCGGAACACUCCUCUGGCCUUCUCUUGAGGCUCCCAGUUCACGCUGCACACUGCUGGGCACCGCCUCCUCUCCACAUCCCUAGCGCCCCCCACUCCUCGGCAAAAGGGCCCGCGAGGAACCGUGCGAGGUCAGGCCGAGCGCCGGCACCGGCACCGGCACUGGCGCUGAGCGGCGAGAGCGGACUCCUGCGAGCGCAGAAAGGGAGGGGGAGAUGGAGGGCUGGAUGAGUCACGCGGAUAAUCGAGCUCUUCUCCAGCGCGCAGACAGCGCGGCAAGCGCGUAUGCUAGCAGGAGUGAAGACGCGUGACCGUCCUGACCGCUGACCCCACCAGUCUUCGCGGGCUUCGAACCCAGAGAGCCAACAAUGGCGGUGAGUACGGCCCUGGUCGCGCAGCGACCGAACCUGCGCCCGGUUCCUCGCGCCCCGCGCUGGGGCGGACGCCGCCGCCGCCGACACCACUGCCGCCGGCGUCAGCUCGGCUCCAGCCCGCCAGCUGCCUGGCUGGCGUCACGGCCCGGCCCAGCCCCGCCCGCGCCCCUCCUUCCCCUCCCCCGCCCCCACGUGCGCCGAGUUUGUUGAUUUAGCUGCCAUAGCAACGAUGGAGGGGAGCCUCGGGGGGGCGGAGAGAAGAAAGGGAGGGGCGGGGCAUGGGAGAAGGCGGAGGAAAAGGCUGUAGCGAAGGAAGUUAUAAGUAAGGAGCGCGCGCCGGCGGCCGGCAGUUACCCGACCAGAGAGAACUAACGUGUCUGCGGGCGCGCGGGGAGCAGAGGCGGUGGCGGGCGGCGGCGGCACCGGGAGCCGCCGAGUGACCCUCCCCGUCCCUCUGGCCCCCCACCCUCCCACCUGCCCGUGGCCCGCGCCCAUGGCCGCGCGCGCUCCACACAACUCUCCGGACUCCGCGCCCUGCGCCGCCGACCAGUUCGCAGCUCCGCGCCACGGUAGCCAGUCUCACCUGGCGGCACCGCCCGCCCACCGCCCCGGCCACAGCCCCUGCGCCCACGGCAGCACUCGAGGCGACCGCGACAGUGGUGGGGGACGCUGCUGAGGGGAAGAGAGCGCAGCCCGGCCACCAGACCUACUUACUCGCCUUGCUGAUUGUCUAUUUUUGAGUUUACAACUUUUCUAAGAACUUUUGUAUACAAAGGAACUUUUUAAAAAGGACGCUUCCAAUUUAUAUUUAAUCCAAAGAAGAAGGAUCUCAGCCAAUUUGGGUUUUUGGGUUUUGGCUUCGUUUCUUCUCUUCGUUGACUUUGGGGUUCGGGUGCCCCAGCUGCUUCGGGCUCCCGAGGACCUUCUGGGCCCCCACAUUAAUGAGGCAGCCACCUGGCGAGUCUGACAUGGCUGUCAGCGACGCGCUGCUCCCAUCUUUCUCCACGUUCGCGUCUGGCCCGGCGGGAAGGGAGAAGACACUGCGUCAAGCAGGUGCCCCGAAUAACCGCUGGCGGGAGGAGCUCUCCCACAUGAAGCGACUUCCUCCGGUGCUUCCCGGCCGCCCCUAUGACCUGGCGGCGGCGACCGUGGCCACAGACCUGGAGAGCGGCGGAGCCGGUGCGGCUUGCGGCGGUAGCAACCUGGUGCCCCUACCUCGGAGAGAGACCGAGGAGUUCAACGAUCUCCUGGACCUGGACUUUAUCCUCUCUAAUUCGCUGACCCAUCCUCCGGAGUCAGUGGCCGCCACCGUGUCCUCGUCAGCGUCAGCCUCCUCCUCGUCGUCCCCGUCGAGCAGCGGCCCUGCCAGCGCGCCCUCCACCUGCAGCUUCACCUAUCCGAUCCGGGCCGGGAACGACCCGGGCGUGGCGCCGGGCGGCACGGGCGGAGGCCUCCUCUAUGGCAGGGAGUCCGCUCCCCCUCCGACGGCUCCCUUCAACCUGGCGGACAUCAACGACGUGAGCCCCUCGGGCGGCUUCGUGGCCGAGCUCCUGCGGCCAGAAUUGGACCCGGUGUACAUUCCGCCGCAGCAGCCGCAGCCGCCAGGUGGCGGGCUGAUGGGCAAGUUCGUACUGAAGGCGUCGCUGAGCGCCCCUGGCAGCGAGUACGGCAGCCCGUCGGUCAUCAGCGCCAGCAAAGGCAGCCCUGACGGCAGCCACCCGGUGGUGGUGGCGCCCUACAACGGCGGGCCGCCGCGCACGUGUCCCAAGAUCAAGCAGGAGGCGGUCUCCUCGUGCACCCACUUGGGCGCUGGACCCCCUCUCAGCAAUGGCCACCGGCCGGCUGCACACGACUUCCCCCUGGGGCGGCAGCUCCCCAGCAGGACUACCCCGACCCUGGGUCUUGAGGAAGUGCUGAGCAGCAGGGACUGUCACCCUGCCCUGCCGCUUCCCCCCGGAUUCCAUCCCCACCCGGGGCCCAAUUACCCAUCCUUCCUGCCCGACCAGAUGCAGCCGCAAGUCCCGCCGCUCCACUACCAAGAGCUCAUGCCACCCGGUUCGUGCAUGCCGGAGGAGCCCAAGCCAAAGAGGGGAAGACGAUCGUGGCCCCGGAAAAGGACCGCCACCCACACUUGUGAUUACGCGGGCUGCGGCAAAACCUACACAAAGAGUUCCCAUCUCAAGGCACACCUGCGAACCCACACAGGUGAGAAACCUUACCACUGUGACUGGGACGGCUGUGGAUGGAAAUUCGCCCGCUCAGAUGAACUGACCAGGCACUACCGUAAACACACUGGGCACCGCCCGUUCCAGUGCCAAAAAUGCGACCGAGCAUUUUCCAGGUCGGACCACCUUGCCUUACACAUGAAGAGGCAUUUUUAAAUCCCAGACAGUGGAUAUGACCCACACUGCCAGAAGAGAAUUCAGUAUUUUUUACUUUUCACACUGUCUUCCCGAUGAGGGAAGGAGCCCAGCCAGAAAGCACUACAAUCAUGGUCAAGUUCCCAACUGAGUCAUCUUGUUGAGUGGAUAAUCAGGAAAAAUGAGGAAUUCAAAAGACAAAAAUCAAAGAAUAGAUGGGGUCUGUGACUGGAUCUUCUAUCAUUCCAAUUCUAAAUCCAACUUGAAUAUUCCUGGACUUACAAAAUGCCAAGGGGGUGACUGGAAGUUGUGGAUAUCAGGGUAUAAAUUAUAUCCGUGAGUUGGGGGGAGGGAAGACCAGAAUUCCCUUGAAUUGUGUAUUGAUGCAAUAUAAGCAUAAAAGAUCACCUUGUAUUCUCUUUACCUUCUAAAAGCCAUUAUUAUGAUGUUAGAAGCAGAGGAAGAAAUUCAGGUACAGAAAACAUGUUUAAAUAGCCUAAAUGAUGGUGCUUGGUGAGUCUUGGUUCUAAAGGUACCAAACAAGGAAGCCAAAGUUUUCAAACUGCUGCAUACUUUGACAAGGAAAAUCUAUAUUUGUCUUCCGAUCUACAUUUAUGACCUAAGUCAGGUAAUAUACCUGGUUUACUUCUUUAGCAUUUUUAUGCAGACAGUCUGUUAUGCACUGUGGUUUCAGAUGUGCAAUAAUUUGUACAAUGGUUUAUUCCCAAGUAUGCCUUAAGCAGAACAAAUGUGUUUUUCUAUAUAGUUCCUUGCCUUAAUAAAUAUGUAAUAUAAAUUUAAGCAAACGUCUAUUUUGUAUAUUUGUAAACUACAAAGUAAAAUGAACAUUUUGUGGAGUUUGUAUUUUGCAUACUCAAGGUGAGAAUUAAGUUUUAAAUAAACCUAUAAUAUUUUAUCUGAA